AUGGUAUCCGACUCUAGUGCCUCAAGCCCUUCUGCAGCAGCUUCUUCGGGGAGGAGGGGCUCAAAAAAGGUCCGCACGGGCUGCGUCACUUGCAAGAUACGGAAAGUCAAGUGUGAUGAGACCAAACCAUAUUGUCUGAGAUGCACAAAGACCGGGCGCAAAUGCGAUGGAUAUCUGGAUCCGCGGAACCUAGCCUCGAAGCGCCGACCAAAAGACCCCACGCCUCAGGACCGUAUCCUUGGUCCAUUGCUCGACCUUUCCACUCCGGAGGAGAAGCGGGCCUUCUAUUUCUUUCAGCAUGUGACCGCUCCGUGUAUAUCGGGGGACUUUGACGCCAUUUUUUGGAGGAGCGUUGUGCUCCAAGUUGCCCAGACCGAGCCAGCAGUCCGACAUGCCGUGCUCGCCGUGAGCACCCUGCACGAGGGGCUUACACAGGGCACGAUCGUCCAGUCAACAGAUGGCUGCCCAACACAGUCAUUUGCGUUGCAGCAGUACAACAAAGCCAUCGCGCGUCUGCUGGACCAGAUGAACAACCCUCUCACCAAGCCUCUGGCAUCACUGCUCACCUGUGUUCUCUUCGUGUGCAUCGAGUUCCUGCAGGGAAAGGACAAAGAGUCUCUCAUACACCUUGAACAGGGCCGGCAGCUUCUGACGCGGCUGGAUGAGCGAUAUAAUGGCCCUGAGAUGGAAUGCAUCCUCCGUCACGUUGUUCCCCUAUACACACGGCUCAGCUUGACAUCGUUUCUCUUUGGCGGCACUCCCGUGCCACUACCAGACUCGUUAAAGUCUCGCGGUGAGAUCCCUGACACGUUCAGCUCUUUGGAUCACUUGAGGUAUUUUAUGCACGAAUUCAUGGAGCAAGCAUUCCGAUUCACGCAUCGGGCUCGACCGGCCAAGAACAGCAGCGACUCAAUAUCGCGGGAGACGAUGCAGUUGCUCGAAGUCGAACAGGACCGCCUCCUCUGCCGGCUAGCCAAGUUCAAUGUCGCAUUCUCACUCUUCCAAGCAUCUCGGUCGAAGCCUGGGCCCGAAAACACACUUUUGGUUCUGCAAAUGUAUCUGCAUGCCCAAUAUAUCUGGAUCUCCACGGCAUUGAGCUCGUCAGAGGUAGUCUACGACAACUACUUGGCUCAAUUCGCCGCGAUAGUUCCUUUGGCAGCGGCAUACAUUGACCUCGAAACCUCGCCACAAAAUCCGCCAGCGUUCCCGCCUCAAAAAUCUGGGUCAGCCGCAGCCCCUUCACACCUCUUCUCGGGCUUCAACCAGCAACUGCCCGGGAGCAACUUCACUUUCGAAACCCAUAUCAUCCCCCCUCUCUACUAUGUCGCAACCAAAUGCCGACAUCCCCUGAUCCGCCGCUCGGCGCUCGACCUGCUCCGACGACCCCUUCCGACGAGAAAACCUAUGGCGGGCCAGUGUAAUGGGAGCACUCGCAGGACAUGUCGUGUCUCUUGA